UUUUAUAUUUCCUAAUCCAAACAUGGGCAUUGCCAAAGGCCGCUACCUGCUCCUGUUUCUUUGCGUCCAGUUGGUAGUCAUGGCAUUUCUCUACCGAGAAGGCUACCGGAAAAGAGUGUCUUACUUCUUAGGAAUUUUUUACAAGGGUGUACCACAGCCCAUACUGACGUUGAACCCCCAGAAUAAUUCCUUUCCUGGGGAUGUGUAUGCCAACCUCAGUCUGAUAGCCAAGCCAGCUGUGCCCAUUGCCGGUCUGCCAUACUGCCCUGAGACCUCUCCAUUCAUAGGAGGUCCAAUCAGGGUCACAUUGCCAGAGUUGUUGACGCUGAAGGACGUGUCACGAAAAAAUCCUUAUGUGACCGAAGGUGGACGCUAUAAACCCCCAGACUGUGAAUCCACCCAUAAAACCGCCGUCAUUAUUCCUCAUCGCAACAGGGAGCAGCAUCUUAAAUACCUGCUGUAUUACCUCCAUCCUUUCUUACAACGUCAACAGCUCAACUACGGGAUAUACAUCAUCCAUCAGGCCGGUAAUUAUACUUUUAAUCGGGCUAAACUCUUGAACGUGGGCUUUAAAGAAGCAAUGAAGGAUGAGGACUGGGAUUGCAUGUUCUUCCAUGACGUUGACCUAAUACCAGAAGAUGAUCGCAACCUGUAUACGUGUGACAAAUAUCCAAAGCAUGCCUCGCUCGCCAUGGACAAAUUUGGAUACAAGCUGCCUUACAAGUCCUACUUUGGUGGAGUUUCUGCCCUAUCCCCAGAGCAAUACAUGAAGAUUAAUGGAUUUCCGAAUAAUUACUGGGGUUGGGGUGGGGAGGAUGAUGACAUUGCAGUUAGGGUCUCUCUCAGUGGCAUGUUAAUAUCCCGACCCCCUGUAAAAUAUGGGAGAUAUAAGAUGAUAAAACACGGGCACGACAAAGGAAAUGAGCAAAACCCUAAAAGGUUCAAUCUGUUGGCGAAGACUCGACGGACAUGGAAACAAGAUGGCAUGAACUCCCUGCAGUACACAUUUAUAUCGAAAGAGCUUCUCCCACUCUAUACAAACAUCACGGUGGACAUUGGCUCAGACAAACAUGUAAAGCGCCACACGUGAGAGCCAGAUAUCAUCUGACCAACUGUGCCCUACUCUCCACCAACUCCUGCAUCUAACACAGGAGCAGUGACUACAGGAAUACAGCAACACGACUAAUGGAACGCUGUCUCAUUGUCUACCUUCCUGUAAUCAGAAAAUGGAAAAACCAAAGAUUGAAUUCAGUGUUGCUGACUUUUCAUGCUGUGAAAUCCACAGCAAGUGGAGCUGUUUCUUUUUUCUUUUUCCUGUUGUGCCAUUGGAAUCGAUUGGUUGUACCUCCCACUGCACAUGUUGUGAAGGGAGGUCAGAUCUAAUCUGGGGAUAAUUGUUUUAGUACCACUAUCUGCCUGUCCUCAGAGUAAUGUCUGCAGUGCAGGGGUUAUGUCACAUCUAUUUUCUCACCUUAUAAGCAAAUCAAAACAAAAACAUUAUUGGUCAAUUUCUUACAAGUGCAAUUUUAUUUUAUAUAUAUAUAUAUUUUUUAUUUGAAAAGGAGGAUUUUACAUCGAUUUAAAUAGUUUGUUUUUUUUUCUUGCAAGAUGGCUUGUGUUACCAAUAGCUGUGUUUAACUUGGCACGGACUGACAUCCCAGAACUGGAGUGGAGUUUUGAGUUUAGAACUUUAUUCAUGAUGUGCGCUUUCUUUUCUGAGUUUGAUUUUUCUGCUUUGAUGUGGUUUUUCUUUCUUUCUGCAGUCUGUCACCUUGAAGAAAUGUUUGUCUUCUUUUUUUCCAAUAUUAUCAUUAUUGUUUUAUUCCACUUUCAAUACUGGAUUUAGAAAAGAACACGUGAACUGCACUUAAAUGGUUUUUGAAUUUAUCAACUGAAUGCAAAAUUCUUAAGCAGUGUUACCUUUCCAUCCGAAGUGCCUUUAGUGCCGGUGUAACGUGCGGGACAUGUCGCAAACCCCAUCGCCACUCAAACAUUCUGAAUGCUUUCCCCAGGUCACAUCCUUAUACGGUUUAUCAAUAAAAUGUGAAAAUGCAAGAGAUUUCCUACAACUGGAUAUAUAUUUCUAUGGUGUUAAAUUAUAUUUUUGUUGCAAAAGUACCUAGAUUUAAUUCCAAGGUGAAAAUGUUUCUUAUUUUCCUAAAUUUACAAUAGAUUUGUGAAGGGAUAAACAGGAUAAUUAUUAAAGGAACAUGUUUAA